AUGAGCAGCGAUGCAGCCUCGCAGCGACGCACUGCUCUCGUUCUCUACGGCUCCGAAACUGGCAAUGCGCAGGAUGUCGCCGAGGAGGUUGGCGCGAUGGUCGAGCGGCUCCGUUUCACCACCCACGUUUCUGAGUUAAACCACGUUAAGCCGGAGUCAUUGAAAUCCUACACAAUUGUUGUCUUUUCGGUGUCAACUACUGGCCAGGGUGAUCUGCCUGCUAAUGCGAAGACGUUCUGGAAGUCGCUGCUUUUGAAGAAGUUGCUGCCGACUUUCCUGAGCGGGGUCAGCUUUACAUGGUUUGGUCUGGGCGAUAGCUCAUAUCCCAAGUUCAAUUGGGCGGCGCGCAAACUAUACAAGAGGUUGCUGCAGCUGGGUGCGGAUGAGAUUCACUCUGGUGGGGAGGCAGACCACCAGCAUCCUGAGGGGCUCGAGGGAACGUUUAUUCCAUGGUUGACGGGUUUCCGAACGCACUUGGUUGAGAGAUAUCCUCUUCCUCAAGGACAGGAUCCGAUACCGGAAGAUGUUCAACUGCCACCAAAAUGGGUUCUACAACUGCGAGAGCAGGAUGUACCACCUUCAGACGAAGCCGUUAUUCCUCCAAAAGCGGAUGGGGUGACCAUAUCCGGAGACUUCCCAGACUCAUAUCGACUCGACAAUGACUGUCGCCCACUCCACGAUAGCUUGGGUGCGACACUGACCCAGAACAAGCGUAUAACUCCGGGGACGCACUGGCAGGAUGUGCGUCAUUUGACUCUAACUGUGCCUAACCCGGUGUCGUAUGCUCCAGGGGAUGUAAUAGCAAUCACACCAAAAAACACUCCCGAGGACGUCCAGAGCCUCAUUGAGAUGAUGGGCUGGCAGGAGCAAGCCGACCGUCUAGUAUCAUUAGUUCCUCGCGACAGCACUCUCUCACCAGAAGAAACACCCACUCCGCCCAUCCACGACCUCGAAUCCCAUCCCCGGCUAACCCUACGCGAGCUACUCAUAAACUACCUCGACAUCCGAGCGAUCCCCCGCCGGUCAUUUUUCUCCUCAAUCGCCCACUAUACCACCUACGACAUGCACCAGGAGCGCUUAUUAGAAUUCACCAACCCCGAAUUCCUCGAUGAGUUCUGGGACUACACCACACGACCACGGCGCAGCAUUCUCGAGAUCCUACAUGAAUUCGACACUGUCAAAAUCCCCUGGCAGCACGCAACAUCCGCAUUUCCGAUCUUCCGCGGGCGCCAGUUCAGCAUCGCCAGCGGCGGAGAACUGAAGCGAACCCCCGAAGGCGGCGCAAAGUUUGAACUCUUAAUCGCAAUCGUCAAGUACCGCACCGUGAUUAAAAGAAUACGGGAGGGUGUUUGCACUAAGUAUAUCGCUAACCUGCGGCCCGGGAGUACCCUCCGCGUCCAGCUCCAGCGAGGCGGCCUAAAUUCAUCAGUCGGCCAACUAGUUGGGCCGAUGAUGCUGGUCGGGCCUGGUACGGGCGUUGCACCGCUGCGAUCCAUGCUUUGGGAAAAAGCCGCGAUAGUCAAGUCGUAUCAGGAGGAGAACCCAGGCGUUGACCCGCCCAUUGAGCCGACAAUUCUUGUAUACGGCGGCCGUAACAGAGCGUCGGAUUUCUUCUUUGAGGACGAGUGGCAUCACUUGAGCGAGCUAAUCAAGCUUAAAGUUUUGACGGCGUUUUCGCGAGAUCAGAAGCAGAAGGUCUACGUCCAGGAUGUGAUCAAGGAGAACUCGAGCUUAGUCUUCAACCUCCUGCAUGAUAAGGGAGGCGCCGUUUUUGUUUGCGGCUCGUCGGGGCGUAUGCCUCAAGCUGUGCGGGAGUCGUUAACAGAGGCGUUCCAGUCUGGAAAUGACGCUGGCACGCAGAGUUUGAGUAGACGGGAAGCGGAAGAUCAUUUGGUGGGCAUGGAGAAAACGGGGAGAUACAAACAAGAAACGUGGUGA